CACGAGCCUCAAUCUGUCAUCAUCGGCGUCAUUUUCUUCAUUACAUCCCUGCUUUGUGCUGUACUUAAGACAUCUAGGGGUUGAAGCUCGUUAUAUGGUGACAGACCCUGCGUCAAGCUAGAUCGCAUACUGUGACUAGUAUUCGGCUUGUCGUUGGCAGCUCUGCAUCGUCUGCUUGAAUCACCCAUAUUGUUCGAUCAAUCAGUCCAAUCCGUCCCCUUACGAAGAAUGGCCCCCCGCCUAGUACCCAUCACAGAGAUCCCGACCGUCUCCCUUCUAUACAAAGUGAAACGGCUGAUCCCGGUCGCAUCACCUCGCACGCAGCCAUCGAAGGUCUUCAAUGACACGGUCUCGCUGAUCCGCAGCGACAUCACAAAGCUCCAAGACGUCGACUGCAUCGUCAAUGCAGCCAACGAGUCUCUUCUUGGAGGUGGUGGCGUAGACGGUGCCAUUCACCGUGCAGCUGGUCCCGAGCUGCUGGAGGAAUGCGAGACCCUCGAUGGCUGUGGCGUUGGCGAUGCCAAGAUAACCUCUGCGUACGAUCUUCCGUGCAAGAAAAUCAUCCACGCCGUUGGUCCCAUAUAUGGUCUCGAACUGCGAGAAGGCAGGGAGCGCCCGGAGUCGUUAUUGCGCAGCUGCUACCGACGCAGUCUGGAGCUGGCCGUGGAGAACAACAUGAGAAGCAUUGCUUUUUCGGCAAUCAGCACAGGCGUGUAUGGAUAUCCAAGUGCGGCUGCCGCUCGGACUGCCCUGGAUGAGACCCGGAAGUUCAUGGAGCAGCCAAGCAACAUCGGGAAACUCGAGCGCAUCAUUUUCUGCAACUUUGAGCGCAAGGACGAGGUGGCCUAUAGGAAGCUUAUUCCUUUGUUCUUCCCACCCGAAGAUCAGAGUGUCCAUAGCGCCAGCAGCGACUCCGAAUCUCAACCAGAAUCUGACGGUGAGUCUUCGAAUUCGGCAGAGAUGCUCGCAGCAAAGCUUCCUGACCCGCCAACCGUGGACCCUGCCUUGGACGGAGAACCGGAGACUAAGAAGCAGAAGGUUAAUGACCAUACCGACCAGAGCAGUAAAAGCUACUUCGAAGAUUUCUCUAUCAAAUCCGAUGAUGACUGGGAGGAGGUUGACAAAUCGGAGGACGGCCGCACCGAGAAGCUUGAUGAUGAGCCGGUUCAAGUCGAUAGUCCCCCCUCGGAGAACGACGUACAGAGCGUUCAGUCGAGUGGGAUCAUAGAGAUGGACGGUUCGCAUAUGUCGGAAAGCCUUCUAGCCAAGGAUUGGUAGUCGCUUCGCUCCAGGCAACAAUGAGGCAGUCAUGCAUUGAACGAUGGACGUUUACUUUUAGGCUUGGCGUUGGAUGGGGUUGUUUAAUGGAUGGCGUUUAUGGUCAUGCAAAGCAGGAUUCCGAGACGCCAUUGUUAUAGAUGGCAUUUUCUUUACGGCCUUAUGUUAAUCGAUCAGAAGUACCUAUCUCAACUCUAGGUGAUGCUUUUCCAAUGGUGUC